CCAGCCCCGCCCAGCUACCCGAGGGCUCUAGGAUAAAGUCAAAGCUACUCACACCGGAGGCUAGUGGACUCAGUCUCAGGCACCAGCAUCAUGCCUAUGACACUGGGUUACUGGGACAUCCGUGGGCUGGCUCAUGCUAUUCGAUUACUCCUGGAAUACACAGACUCAAGCUAUGAGGAGAAGAGAUACACCAUGGGCGACGCUCCUGACUAUGACAGAAGCCAGUGGCUGAGUGAGAAGUUCAAACUGGGCCUGGACUUCCCCAAUCUGCCCUACUUAAUCGAUGGGUCACACAAGAUCACCCAGAGCAAUGCCAUCCUGCGCUAUAUUGCCCGAAAGCACAACCUGUGUGGGGAGACAGAAGAAGAGAAGAUUCGUGUGGACAUUUUGGAGAACCAGGCUAUGGAUGUCUCCAAUCAGCUGGCUAGAGUCUGUUACAGCCCAGACUUUGAGAACCUGAAGGCGGAAUAUUUGGAGCAGCUCCCUGGGAUGAUGGAGCUCUUCUCACAGUUCCUGGGGAAGCAGACGUGGUUCGUUGGUGAAAAGAUUACUUUUGUAGAUUUCCUUGCUUAUGAUAUCCUGGACCUGCACCUUAUAUUCGAACCCAAGUGCCUGGAUGCCUUCCCAAACCUGAAGGACUUUGUGGCCCGCUUCGAGGGACUGAAGAAGAUCUCUGUUUACAUGAAGACCAGCCGCUUCCUCCGGACACCCCUAUAUACAAGGGUGGCUACUUGGGGCAAUAAGUAGGGCUUUGACUCGGGCAGGAAGUGGGAACCUGGGGUUCUGGGAACAGUUGAGAUUCCCGUAUCCCUGGCGCUACCUUCUACCUAUCCCCUUCCUGACUGCAGAAUGUCAAGGGUCUCCUUUCACCCAGUCCUUGCCCCUUCAAGCCCUCUACAGCCUAGGCCCCUGGUUUUCUUUAGCAAAGUGCCCUUCUAGCAUGACUGUGUCCUGUGCCCACUUGAUGGCUUUCCUGUCAGUUGCUGUGCUGCUGUGAAGAGUUGAGACUUCAUCAGCGCUCAGCCUGGGACUCCCCAUGCUUGUCUGGAGACUGGAGAUGCCUGAUGUAUGGAGGUCCCUGCACAGCUCUUUUGGAUCUCUCCUGUAAAGCUCGAAUCACACUGGCUCUGGCUUCUGCACUGCCAGCUUUUACUGCGAUCUCCAGUGCCUGCCUAGUGACCCUGGCAGACACUGUGUUCACAGGGAUUUCAGUUGGAUAGGCAGGGGUUUGGGACUUCCUGGCCUCACCUGAGUUUCACAGGAGGCAGCUGCAGAAGGCUCUGUGGAGCUCAAAGGGAGCUUGGAUCUCUUUUAUGCUAGCAGCACUGAGGUUUGUCACCCAGGUCUCAGGGUUGGGGAUCCAGGCUGGUGGGAGUCCCCAACAGUAAGCCAGGAUCCUCUCUGCCAGCUGUGCUAGGGCUGCCUUAUAUCUGUGUCUCCAGGAUCCUGUCUCUGAUGCCUUCAGGGUAUCCUGUCUUGGUUACAAGGGAUGGGGAACAUCUUGGUUAAUCCCUUCUCUCUGUGAGUUCCCGUGAAAUAAAUUUCUUCAUGUUCAUAA